CUGCCCUCUCUCUCUCUCUCUCUCUCUCUUUCUAUAUAUAUAUAUCUCUCUGUGUGUGUGUGUGCAUUUAAAGCAACAUGAAAAGAGUAAAGCAACUUUAAUGGAGUGAAAUUAAGCAAGGGAACAAGUGUAGGGGUAUCUUUUUCAGGAUUUUCUUCUUUACUCUCUGUUUCACAAAAGAAGAAACUAAGAGAAGAAGCAGAAGAAGAAGAUGGAAGAAAACAUGGAAGCUGGACUUCUGAAGAAACCCCUUCUUCUCAAUGAUCAGACAAAGCCAAGUACUACCGAGAAUGUUCAUGAGCAGAACGGCAAUGGCGGCGGCGACUGUCGUGUCACACCUCUUGUUGUUCUCAGCACCUCCGCUGCUGUCUUUGGCUCCUUCGUCUUUGGCUGCUCUGUGGGUUAUUCAUCAGUUACUCAAUCUGCAAUCAUGGAAGAGUUGGGUCUCUCUGUGGCAGCAUACUCUGUUUUCGGAUCAAUUAUGACAUUUGGAGGUAUGAUAGGUGCAGUAAUUAGUGGAAAGAUAGCUGACUUACUUGGACGAAGACAGACAAUGUGGUUCACCGAAAUAUUCUGUAUUUUUGGGUGGCUCGCAAUAGCAUUUGCAAAGGAUGCAUGGUGGCUGGAUCUAGGAAGAUUAUCCUUGGGUAUUGGAGUUGGCCUCUUUAGUUAUGUGAUACCGGUGUAUAUUGCAGAAAUAACACCCAAGACUUGCCGAGGAGGAUUUACAUUUGCUAAUCAGCUGAUGAUGAAUUGUGGGAUUUCACUCGUGUAUAUUCUGGGCAAUAUCAUUCUCUGGCGCACCCUAGCCCUACUAUGUGUUGUGCCAUGUUUCCUGCAAGUCAUUUGUUUGUUUUUUAUUCCAGAGUCUCCUAGAUGGUUGGCCAAACAUGGCCGAGAGAAAGAGUUCAAGGCUGCUUUGCAGCGGCUUAGAGGAAAGAAUGCUGAUAUUUCUGAAGAAGCAUUUGCUAUCAAAGAAACUGCGGAAACCCUAGAGAUAAAUCAGUCGAAAUUUGGAUUUUUCGAGUUGUUCGAGAGGAGAUACGCUCUCUCACUUGUUGUUGGAGUUGGACUUAUGUUUCUGCAACAAUUAUCAGGCUGCUCUGGAAUUUCAUAUUACUCUGGCAUCAUCUUAACCAAAGCUGGGUUUUCAAGUAGCAUUGGAACAACAGCAUUAGCCAUCAUCCUGAUACCAAAAGCUUUAAUGGGUUUAAUUAUUGUGGAUAAAAUGGGAAGAAGACCGCUUCUGAUGAUUUCUGCAGCAUUAAUGUGCUUGUGUUCCCUCCUAGUUGGGUUCUCAUUUUGGAUGCAGGGGCUCCACUACAUGAAAGAGCUGACUCCUAUUUUAGCAUUCAUUGGCUUAGUGGGUUAUAUUACAGCUAAUGCAAUAGGCAUGGGAGGGUUACCGUGGGUUAUAAUGUCGGAGAUAUUUCCGAUGAACGUGAAAGCUUCAGCUGGGAGCCUGGUGACCUUAGCCAAUUGGUCCACCGGUUGGCUUGUUACCUAUACGUUUAAUUUUAUGUUACAAUGGAGCCCUAUAGGAACAUUUUAUACUUUUGCUGGAAUAUCAGGUGCAACCAUUGUGUUCAUAUGGACACUUGUACCAGAGACAAAAGGACGAACUCUAGAAGAAAUACAUGCAUCUUUUUCAAAUAUUGUUCGAUGAUAAUACUAAAUUAUGUAUACUAAUUACUGCGAAU